CGACAACAUGGAAAACGACUAAAACCCAUCUUCUUGCCGACCAACCGAGUGCAGGCUGUACUCUCACGUCGGAGAAAGACAAAAGAUCUGCACCGGCACGGAACCGACGGUGUUGUUCGUUAUGCGUGCGCCACACUUACCUAUGCCCCUUUGGGAGAACUCAGCCUCUGCUUGGCUGACGCUUGUGUUGCAGACACCACAACAAUGGACGAUCCGUACCAAGAUAAACUCCGAGAGCGAGGUCAGGCGUCCUACAGUAAGGCUGUGUAAGGCGUUCACACAUUACGUAGGUAGUCCCUCUGUGCAGCAGCUAAGUAUUGUAUAUAGCCGCAGCUCCCGCUAACCACUGCUGACCUUAAAUUUUCGAUAAGACAACCAAGCAUCAACCCACGUAUACAAAGAAACAUGACAUCAAUUCAAUCAAGGGUCCACGACGCAGCUUAUCAACAUUCACUGCUGCUUCAAGGCCUCGCAGAAACAGAUCACGCGCCAUCCCAGUUACAACAACAGGAUGCCUACCUCAAGGACUUGAGAGCGCAAGAGGCAAGGACAUCAAAACGCGUAGAGGAUCUCCGCAAAAAGACAGAAAUCGAGCGUCAGGAUCACGAGAAAUACUCCGAAUCGACGUUCCGUCGCUUUGCGCACAAGGCAUCCGGUCUCGGGGGGCGUUUUGAGGAAAAAUCAGCGAAGGAGGAGCGCGAGUACUUUGACGCAAUCCAGGAGCAGAAGACCGCUGAAGAUGAACUCGCAUAUGUCCGUGAGCUCAAAGCCGAGGCCGAUGUGCAAAGGCAGAAAUUUUACAAGGAUACAACGCGUCACAACAAUCUCCAACACCAGCUUGACCAACUUUACAACUCCAUAUUCGCUGGCCAGACGCCCGAGUUCCCAGAAGAAGAUCGCAGCGAAGAGGCGUGCAAUGCCGCAUUCCAACACAUGCACUCUGUUCAUCAGGAGCUUGAGAAAGAGCGCCACAUCCUAUUCUUGCUGCGUCAAACCAGCACCAAGCUCAGCGAAGCCCGCGUACAUCUGGAUGAAGCACAUGGCAUGUCACAAUGGGACAUGUUCGGCGGUGGCACCAUUGCUUCGAUGCAAAAACGCAGCCUUCUCGAACAAGCUGAGAGUUGCAUCCAGCAAGUCCGGAUGCUGCAGCAACAACUACAGCAAAUCGCCUCGCACCUACCCAGCCUCGGCCAGUUGAACAUCGCAUCUGGCAGCAUCUGGGGCGACGUUGUUUUCGACAAUAUCUUCAGUGAUAUGGAAAUGCACGACAAGAUCAAGGACUCAGAGGCGCAGGUCGAUCGCGCUGGGCACAAGUGUGGAGACGCGGUCAGGGAGAGUGAGUUCCGCGAACAGGGGUUGCUUGGGGAGGCGACGAGCGCAAGAGAGCAGCUGAAUAGUGCGAGAGCGGAAUUGCAGAGGGUGCGAGAGACGGCCUUCAGGGGCGUGCUGGACGGCCGUAGCGGGAUGCAGCAAUACCAAGUCCCAGAAGGGCCACCACCGGGUUACGACGCCGCUCCGCCGGCAUACUGGGCCUAAAGUUUUAUGAUCAUGAUACCACGAUACGUAGUUUUGAUAUCCCUUCACAAUUUAUCUCUUUCAUCUCCUUCAGAUGCGAC